UAUCACAUAUUGCCAAAAAAUUGAAUAAUCCAUUUUAUUUUGGGCGAAAGUUGCGGAAAAAAUCCGGGAUAAUUGUUAAAAUUGCACACACGAGACAGUACAAAGGACUUUCGGUCAAGUGCUCGCCAUGUUUCUCGCCGGAAAUACGAAUUGCGUGAAUUUCAGUCCCAUUACCGUGACACUCUCGGCACGCAGGAAACUCAGCAAAAUCACGUUCGCCAACAAAAAUAGCAAAAAUCUGCUGCAGAAAGCGACGACGACGACAGUCAAGUGCGAAUUUGCCGACUUGGGACGCGAUUUGACGCAAUUCGUGACACAAAAGUUCCGAAAAUCCGUACUUGAGGGCAAGAAAUUCACGUUUGACGAUGUCUUUGGGGCACGAUGGUCUGCUGUCGUAUCAGCCACAACGACAACAAGUCCCCUGAAGCAGAAUCCGUGGCACGUGAGUUACACAUCGGCAGCUUCUUUCAACGAAAAUCGCAAUCCCGAGACGAAAAAUGUCCUGACAGCACGUUUCACGAGCCCCUUUUCGAGUCAAAUUCGUUCCUUUAAGACACACCGCAACACGGAAGCGCAGGAAAAGCGAAAUCCGCUGCUAAGUCAACGGAUUUUGGGGAUGCUUGGGACAUCAGGAAGUGCCGCCACGACAACCAGAGUCACAAAAACGGGCCCCGCGACAGUUGACACGACGACAUUGUCGGGUGCGAAGCACGAAUAUUUGCAAAAACUGCUCGCCACAGACACGGAUUUGACGGAGGAGCAGAAAAAACGUCUGAAAAUUGCCUUUGCCGAGGGAUAUUUGGCGUCGUCGGAGAAUGCACACAAGCAAAGUCGCACGGCACGCUAUCUCAACAUCUUCAAGCAAAUUCUCAUGAUUGGCUUUAUCAUUUUCCUGGCGACAAAUCUGUUCUUUUCCGCCAAUGGGUCUCUUUUCCGCAUGAAUAUGGGCAACCAAGUCGUCGUCGAUGCACAAGAUAUCAACGUGACCUUCGGCGAUGUCAAGGGAUGCGACGAAGCGAAAGAGGAACUGCAAGAAGUCGUCGAAUUCUUGAAAAAUCCCGACAAAUUCCUCAAACUCGGCGGAAAAUUGCCAAAUGGUGUCUUGCUUGUGGGUGUUCCGGGCACGGGAAAGACUCUUUUAGCGCGUGCCGUGGCCGGUGAAGCGGGAGUGCCAUUUUUCCACGUAGCUGGCUCGCAAUUCGACGAAGUUCUUGUGGGACAGGGGGCACGACGUGUGCGAGAUUUGUUCAAAGCGGCGAAGGAACGGGCGCCUUGUGUCAUUUUUAUCGAUGAAAUUGACAGUGUCGGCGGGAAACGUUCGAGUUCUGUGCUGCAUCCGUAUGCGAAUCAGACGAUUAAUCAGUUGCUGUCGGAAAUGGAUGGAUUUCAGCAGAAUGAGGGAGUGAUUGUGAUGGGCGCCACUAAUAGGCGAGAUAAUUUGGAUCCAGCUCUUCUCCGUCCCGGGCGCUUUGACGUAGAAGUAGUUGUUCCCCGUCCCGAUUUCAAAGGACGCAAGGAAAUCCUCUCCCUCUACUUGGCAAAGAUCAAAUGCAACGACAUCGACAUCGAUCAACUGGCACGCGGCACAACGGGCUUCACGGGCGCCGAUAUCGAAAACAUGAUCAACCAAGCAGCGCUUCGUGCCGCCAUCGAAGGUGCCGAAUCCGUCGUAAUGCGUCACAUUGAAUUCGCCCGCGACAAAGUCAUGAUGGGACCCGAACGCAAAACGCGCGUACCCGACGAAGAAGUCAACCGGAUAACGGCAUAUCACGAAGCGGGUCACGCUCUCGUCAGUUUCUACACGAAAGAGUCUCAUCCGCUGCACAAAGUGACAAUUAUGCCGCGCGGACCGAGUUUGGGCCAUACCGCUUACAUUCCCGCAAAGGAGGGAUAUUAUCAGACGAAGGCACAUUUGUUGGCGAUGAUGGAUACGUCGAUGGGAGGUCGUGCUGCGGAGGAAUUAAUUUUUGGCGCAGAUAAAAUUACGUCGGGUGCGAGCUCGGAUUUGCAGGCGGCGACAAAUAUUGCACAUAGUAUGGUCAAACAUUGGGGAAUGUCGGAAAAAGUGGGAUUGCGAACGAUAAAAUCGGCUGACGAGAUGACGCCGGGGGAGAAUUUGUCGGCAUCGACGAUUGAAACGGUCGACACGGAAAUUAAGAAAAUUCUUUCGGACAGCUAUGAACGAGCGAAGCAUAUUUUGAAGACGCACGCCAAAGAGCACAAAGCCCUGGCAGAAGCCUUACUGAAAUACGAGACCCUCGAUGCCGACGACGUGAAGGCGAUCGUGCUAGAUAAAAAACCCGCAGACUCCAAUCCAAUUAAAACUUAAAAAUGCUACUUCUGUAUUAUUUAAUAGUUGAGACACGUUACUACAAAAUAAAUCUUUU